AUGGAGGGACUGAGGAGGCAGGUUGAGCUACUCUGCACAGCGCUGGAGUCACUGGAUGUGCGUCACGACAGCCGCUGUCGUGACCGCCCAUCAUCACUUCCCGAGGAGGUGGUGUCAGCGCUGCAGGUAGCGCUUGCCCGCGCAACGGCGCUGGCUGGCUGGGCCACCGCUGUGCAGCGAGAGCAACCGCUGCCACAACGUACGAGUGACGUCAGUGAUGCAGCAGGUCUGAAGUUUGGUGCCUCAGCUCAGCAACAAACUCUUCUCAGUGUCGCUGCACUUUUCAAGGUGUCUGUUGCUGAUAUCCGCCAAUGGAACCCUCAGCUGCCGCCCACGCUCCGCGAGGGGGACGUGCUGCCACCCGACACGUACCUCAAGGUGAGACCUGCGCCUUCCCCAGUCUCGCCGCCGCAACCGUCAUCGACGUCAGUGUCACGCACGAGACUAGUUCCCGGUGCUACAGCGUCGUUGGGAGUCACAGUGAGCGGCACUACCUCGGCACGUUCCACGUCGGCGAAGUCGCAGGUGACUGAUGCAGGCUGUGGUGACAGUGUCGCAGCUCCCUGGCACCACUCCGCAUUCAGUAGCAGUCCGAGUGGUUGCUCGAAAAGGGAUGCUGGUACAGGCGUCUCCAGCGGUGGGGUAGGCGGCAGGGUGCUUCCUCUUGGUAGCGAAGGCGGCGCGAGUCAGGGACGAUGCAGCGCUUGGGCAAUGGACAGCGGUUGUGGCACGAGCCGCUCUCCUCAAAUUCCGGAGCCAUCGAUGCCGAACAGCUACCCCAACGCCGCUCCCCCUUCCUGCGCCCCGGCGCCAGUCUUGAUGCCGAUGCCCAUCCACCUGUGCUCCUCGCCAGACAGAUCUGAUCUCAUCGACUUGAAGGAAGAUGUGAUGGAGCCGUCACCGAGUCCAGAGAGAGAUGCGCAUGCGAGCGGCAGGGCCCGCCGCAGCUGCACCACGCCCAAAACCUCGUCGCCGUCACCGCCUGUAUCUUUCCUAGCACCGCCUCCGUCCUUCUCAGGUGUGGUCACGUUGUCAACCGCAGCCGCCGCGGCUGUCGAAGCGACGCCGUUGCAUGACAGCGGUCCUCAGGGAGACGUUAUUGGUGGUGGCAGCUCCGGCACCACUGCAGGCGAGAUCAGCAUGCGCGGCCACUCUCGCUCCUCCUCCCGCAGCCCGACUGGGGAGAUGCUGGUGGCUUCUGUCGGCGGACCGAAAGGGCGCGUCUCUGUCAGGGGUGAUAUGGCGUCGUCUGGCGUGAGCGCUAAAAUUUCCCAGCUCAGGUUGCAGUCGCCCUCCGCAGAUGGUGAGAGCGAUCAGAGGGAGCCCAGAAAGCGAACUACCGGGUGGGCUACAGCAGCGUCUGUGGUGCCGUCUCCAGAGACGAAGGGUGGGGCACGAGUGUUGCCGUCGCCGUCGCCGGCGCGGGAGUCGAGUGUAUCGCUCUCUGCUGUCUCACCGCCCUCUUCGCUUGGUGAGGGUAGGUGGAGCAACGGUGCCCGCAGUCGCGCGCGCGCCGGCAGCAAAGAGGGGGAGGGAGAGCGGCAUGUCACGGAGGUGCAGCGGCCACCGCAGCUUUCACCAUCUCAGCAACGCCGGGGAGCCUCUGCGUCGUCCCUGUCCCUUGCUUCUCCGUCAUACACCUCGUCCUGUUCGCCGAUGACAAAUGGGCAGUCUCCAGCUUCAGCCGCCACGGCAUCCAAGGCAGCGGUGACUAGCGGCGAUGUGAGCCGCCCCAAUGACUUCCUGACUCCGAUUCAGCGCCGAGGUGGUUGUGGUCCUCAGUGCGCGUCUGGCGCGGCCUUUUCCACCAGCGGCCACCUAAACAUGCACCGCAGUCCUCUCAGUGCUGCGCUCUCUUCUUCCCCUGAAGGGCGCUCGGUGAUCGAGACGGAAGUGGUCGAGUCACCAAGAAGCGACACGGAGGACUACAUGGAGGACGAAGAGGAGAGUACCCCCUGUAUGCGUCCUCCGACCAUGCUGGGGCGCCGUGUCAGCAGUCCCCCUCCGAACCUCAGCCACUUCCCGCAGACCGGCUGCACUGAGGCUGGCCUCUCCACUGCUCCGCCUCGCCGCGCUGUCGACCCACCACCACAGCUGAGACAGCGAUCAGGAGGUAAGAGGGACGCGGGACUGACUGCGCCGGUAGCUGCGCAAGCAGUGCUACUGCCAUCGCUGGCUUCUCCGUCUCAUCUGGAGCCGCCACCACAGCAGCAGCAGCUGCCAGAGCUGAGUGAGUUGGACGAUGCCAUCGAGGAGGUGGAGCUGGCGGGAGAGGAUAACUACGACACGCUCGAGGGCAUCGCUGCCGUCUACAACCUAACAGUGCCCAUUAUCAUCGAGUGGAACCCGUACUUGAAGAAGUACCGGCCGAGUGAGCCGCUCCCGCCAGACCUGCCCAUUGUCCUGCCCAUGUCGGACGAAGACGAAGAGGAUGGGGAGGGGACGGAUAGCAUCAUGCACGAGGUGGACUCCCGGCUGUUGCUGAAGCCGCACUCUAGGCUUGAGAAUUGGUCCCCGGACGGGUACUCUCCGUCUGGCACCUCCGACAACUCACCAGCACCGCAGUCGCUACUGUAA